CCGCCAUAUAUGAUGUCGCAGAUUCGCCAUAAAUGCCAGUUAAAGUAAUUUUGAUAUAAUUAACUUUAAAUUGAUAUUUAUAUUCAAAAUUAAAGAUAAGAAGUAUUUUUCACAUCAUUUGGACUACAUAAUUAUUUGAAAACAAUGGACUCUACACAAGCAGAGGGUUCUUCCGUCUUCAUGUGCAAAAUAUGCAACCUGUUCUCACCGAGCAAGCCAGCGCUCUUGUCUCAUGUCCACGAGACACACGGCGACCAGGGCGAUGACGCCGAAGACCUCAUCAUCCCACUCAAGCCUUUGCAGCGUCCAGAGGCGCCAUCAACAGAGGGCGUGAUCAAAAGAAAACGUGGCAGACCAAAGGGUUCCACUAAGAAGGUCCAAGCGGAUGAAACAAAGUCGAACAAAGCAUCCGGUCAGCCAAAGAAAGAGACAGCUGAUGUGCCAUCAGAACUUGAACUGACAAUGCUGAGUGAAGACGGCAGUGCUUAUGAAUGCAAGAAAUGCCAACGCAAGUUUAGCAACAAACGUCAAAUUUCCAAACACAUCUGUUUUGCUGAGCUCAAGGAAACUGCGGAGGAGGACGAUUUCCAUGGUCAGAACCCUGAUACGGUUAAGGCUGUGGAUGAUGAAGAAGAAGACACAGAAUGCACCCUGAAGAAGGUACGAACAAUGAGAACAGACAAGGCCUCUGGUGCGAAGGACUCCGAGUCUGCAAGCUGCACCAAAAACCCCAUCAUUAGCGUGGUGCUUGCGGCCCACGAGGCCAUUCCCGGUGCCACAAAAAUAGUUCCAAUUGAGGCUGUCCCUGCCGAAGCAGUAGUCCCACCAGAAUCAAGCGUAAGCUCCGAAGAUCAACAGCAGAAGAAGGGUUACCAGGAGUACGCCAUUCAGCAGGCUGCAUACGAGGUGCCAUUCAAAUCGAACAGGUUAGGGCAGACCCAGCUGAAAAUAUUCACGUGUGAAUACUGCAAUAAGGUCUUCAAGUUCAAGCACUCGCUUCAGGCCCACUUACGAAUCCACACCAACGAGAAGCCGUUCAAGUGCACCCACUGUGACUACGCCAGCACUAUCAAGGCUAACCUCAGCGUUCAUAUGCGCAAGCAUACCGGCGAGAAAUUCAGCUGCGAUCACUGCUCUUUCAACUGCCUGAGCAAGGGCCACCUCAAGGUACAUGUGGAGAGGGUGCACAAGAAAAUCAAGCAGCACUGUCGCUUCUGCAAGAAGAAGUACUCCGACGUCAAGAACCUGCUCAAGCACAUCCGUGAGAGUCAUGAUAUGGAAGACGAGAAGGUCAAGGAGUCCUACGACGAGUACCGGCUCCAAACCAGGGAGGGCAAAAGACAGCUCCUCUACGACUGUCAGAUAUGCGACCGCAAGUUCAAGAAUGAGCUGGACCGCGACCGGCAUCUGAUGGUCCACGGCAGCAAGAGGCCUUUCGGCUGCGAGCUAUGCGAUCACGGCUCGACCAAGUUCCAGGCACUGCAAGCCCAUAUCAGAAAGCAUCCCUUUGUGUAUGUUUGCGCCAUUUGCCUGCAGAAAUUUGUCAGCUCCGUGCGCCUCAAGUCGCACUUCCGGGAGUCGCACCCCGAGUCGGAUGAGUCUGCGUCUUUUGCCAAUUCCAUCCAAAGCAGUUUCUGCCUGCUGAAACCCGGAGAUGACAUCCAGCGAGACAUGCUGAAACAAGACGAGCUGGAGAUCACGAAGGAGCUGUCCCUCCUCAACGCGCAGGAAGUGCUGGUCUCUGAAUUUGGCACCAUGGAGGAACAAGAGUCUCAAGCUCAGUGUAGCGGCAGUUUAACUGUAGAGGUAGACUCAUUGGUACAGGAGGGUUCCCAAGAUGGUUUGCCUCCAACACACAUUAUCCACAACUGCCCAGUUAUUGAGGAAACUCAGAUGCAGGGGACAAUCUGUCAGGUUGGACUCGACAAAGAGCAACUGCAAGAUGAUAUGUCAAAUGUUGACUGCAGUGUAACAGAAUUUGACAGUGCUGGGGAAGGAAACAUACCUUUGGUUUCUCAUAGUCCUGCACCUGAAACAGCAGACAUGUCAAACCAGAAGAUACUGUCAGAUGACACAAACAACAUAACAGUUGCUCACAAUGAAGUAGAGUCUAAUAUUUCUCAAAUCAACGCUGCCCCUCGUGGUGUGGAGGACUCAGUCACACCACACCAAGAAGAAAAGUCUGCGUUCAUGCAGAUUUUAGAUCAAAUGCAAAAGAGGCAACUAAACAUGGAUGUUUUUGAGAGGAUACGUAAAGUCUAUGGUGAUCUGGAAUGUGAAUACUGUGGUAAGCUGUUCUGGUACCAGGUGCACUAUAACAUGCACGUGCGAACGCACACCCGAGAGCACCUGCAUUACUGUUCUCAGUGCAGUUAUUCGUCCAUCACCAAAAACUGCCUGAAGCGGCACGUCAUCCAGAGGCACAGUAACAUUCUCCUAAAGUGUCCCUCAGAGGGAUGCCAGUACUGCACACCUGACAAGUACAAGCUGCAGGCGCAUCUGAAAACACACGCAGAAAUAGUUAAGAAGAGCUUUGUUUGUCCUGUCUGUAAAGAAUCACUUCCAGAAGACAGACUUCGGCAUCACAUCAAAGCUAACCAUCCAGACACCUCUCUGAGUACCAUCUCGGAGACACUGGGAAUACGUGUCCACGUUAAAGGAGUCAUUGGGAAACGGGCCUCAAAAUGCCCGUACUGUGACAGCUACUUCACAAGGAACGGAGCUGACAUGCAGCAGCACAUAUGGGCCCAUGAAGGAGUGAGGCCGUUCAAAUGCUCGCUCUGUGAUUAUGCCUCUCGCAGUAAAAGCAACCUCAAGGCCCACUUGAACAGGCACAGCACUGAGAAGACACACCUCUGUGACCUGUGCGGGAAGAAGUUCAAAUCCAAGUGUACGUUAAAAAGCCACAAGCUCGUGCACUCCGCAGAUGGGAAGCAGUUUAAAUGUACUGAGUGUGAUUUCACAGCAGCACAGAAGCCACAUCUGCUCCGCCAUAUGGAACAGCAUGCCUCUUUUAAGCCAUUCCGCUGUGCACACUGCCACUACUCCUGCAACAUCUCAGGCUCUCUUAAAAGACACUAUAAUAAGAAGCACCCCAAUGAGCAGUACUGCAACGCUGGUCCUGGAACAGCUGCUUCCGAGACCGUGAUCGAGCAAGGUGGUGUCAAGUGUCCCGUCUGUAACUAUGUUUAUGGCACGAAAUGGGAAAUGAACAGACACCUGAAGUGCAAGCACGGUCUCAGAGUGGUUGAGCAAGACGGUCUCGGGCUGAAUCAGUGGGAGGUAGUUGAGUCGGUGGAGGAGCCAACCACACAAUACCUUCAGAUUACGGAGGCGGAGGAUGCACAGGUGGCCGAAGAUGCAGCCUCGGCGCUGCAGAACCUUCGGUUCAACGCGCAGAACGGAGUAGUGUCAGCGACUGCUGCGGACAGGUUGGACCCCGCUUCCGUUAAUAUCCUCCAGCAGAUAAUCGAGCUCGGCACGGAGAACCCGGACACAACCGUUGCCUCUGUGGUUACCAUGGCUCCUGGCACAGUCACUGUAGUAGAGCAGGUAACGGAGGAGGAGCAGCAGACUGACCACGCCAUGAUGCUCCAAGAUGCUCUGCAACAGGCCUCCACGGGCCUGGGAGAAGAGCACCACCUGGUGGUGUCCUCUGACGAUAUGGAGGGCAUCAAGACGGUCACAGUGUACACGCAGGGCGAAGAUGCGUCGCAGUUUAUAGUCUACGUUCAGGAGUCCAUACAAACCGAGGAGGCCACCACGGAGGUGGCAUGAAAGGCCUGCGAACAACGGCACAAAGUGCUAACAGCCGCAAAGGCACGAACAGCUGCGUGACCACUUCAGCUACGCUCUUCUCCAGUGGUCGACCACGUCUGCUCACAGUAGAGAAGCAAGGCUCCACAGCCAGUUCAAGACACCUGCUAGGCUGUAGCCUGUGCGUUUUAUGAACGGUUGCAAGAUGACAGGAUUAUGCAUGGAAAAGUGCAUGAGGGACUAGAUGCAAGACAGAAGACUUUACAUUUAACAGGGAUGAAAAUCUUUUCAUUAACUUUUAAUAGAGAACAGAAGCAUGAGAUACAUACAUUUUAUUGUCAAAGAAAUGAACACUGAAAAAGAGUCUGAAAACAUUUGAUUUUCUUAUCAAGAGCAGUAUAUACAACAAGCCUACUUAAUGAAAGGUCUCCAUGCCAUUUUUGUCAUAUCUAUUUUUGUAGUUUUUUGAAAGACUGUAAAAUGUUACGGCUAUCAAAAUGAUUAAAUGAACACAUUUCCUUAAUUGUGGACCUGCAUUAAUAAAACAUCUUUCCACA